AUGGGAUAUAAGACAAAAGCUGACCCUGUCAGACUUGGAGAGUCAGAGCUUGAAGAGUUGGGAGACCAAGGACUAGUGGUCAAUGUUUUCAACGAGAAAGUUUCUGUGUCUAGCUGUCAUUACCUUGAUUGUUCUAUUGAAAACAAACGUGAUUACGAAACGAUUGAUGCACGUUCGUUGAAAUCAUUGUCCAUUAUCUAUGUCAUCACUCCAACAUAUGCAAGGCUGGAACAGAAGGCAGAACUAACAAGAUUUAGCCAUACUCUGCUCCAUGUGCCAAAUAUUCACUGGAUCGUCAUCGAAGACUCCCCUGAAAAAACAGUUUUAGUGCAGAACUUUCUCAAUAGGACUAGAAUACAUUCUACACAUCUGUACGCCGCCACGCCUUCAGAGUAUAAAAUGAAACGAACAGAUCCCCACUCGCUAAAGCCCCGAGGCGUGCUACAACGCAAUGCUGCACUAGACUGGCUGAGAGAAAACACAUCUCCUGAUGAUGAUGGUGUUGUGUAUUUCGCUGAUGAUGACAAUACAUAUAGUUUACAAAUUUUUAAAGAAAUGAGAAACACAACAAAAGUAUCAAUCUGGCCUGUAGGUCUUGCUGCAAAUUUGCGCUAUGAACGUCCUAAAGUGACAAAUGGGAAGGUAACAGGUUGGUACACUCAUUUUAAACCCAAUCGACCUUUUGCAACGGACAUGGCCGGCUUCGCCAUUAAUCUCAAUCUAAUUCACCAACAUCCAGAAGCAAAAUUUUCAAAUACUUUUGCUGCAGGAUGCCAAGAAUCCACAUUUCUGACUUUGUUUAACUUGACACUGAAUGAUUUAGAGCCUAAAGCUAACAUGUGCUCUGAAGUUCUAGUUUGGCACACGAGAACAGAGAAAAGUAAAACUCCAUUUGAAGAAUUGAUGGUCAAACUGUAUGGCGCUGACGCAUAUCCAAACAUUGAAGUUUGACAUAUUCUACAAAUUAAUGUUAAAUUUAGAUUGAUUUAUUUAUGACGAUUUUUUUUAUUAAUUUAGUUUAAUCUUUUUUAUUUUAGUUACAUUUUUUA